AUGGAUAGCGAUUCAAAUAAGAAUGACCACGAGUCGUUAGAAAACUCAGGUUUAUUCAACGACGAAAAUGCAUCUGAUGGAAAUAAUGUUGAGAACUUUAAGAAAAAAAUGAAAAUGAUAAAAGUAUUAAAUGUAAAGAAAAAUAAAGAAAUAAAGAAAGAUAGAAAGGAUAAGAAGAAAAGAAAACUUCAAAGGAUUAUCGAUGAUGAUAAUGAAGAUGAAGAUGAUGUUAUUGAGAAAGAAAAUGAUCAAGGAAAAGAUCAAGGAAAAGAUCAAGGAAAAGAUCAAGGAAAAGAUCAAGAGGAUGUGUUUCUUUUUGGUAAUGAUGAUUUGGUUGAAGAGGAUGAGGAGAGACAUAAGAAGAAAAGGAAAAAAGAAAAGGAAGAAAGAGGUAAACACAAAAAAAAAAAAAGUAUAAAGCGAAUAAUGGAAAAUGAUGAUAUGCACAAGGUUCAUAGUGAUGAUAGUAAUUAUAAUAAUAAUAACAAUAAUAUUAGUGAUGAUAAUAAUAAUAAUAAUAUUAGCGAUGAUUAUAAUAAUAAUAAUAUUAGCGAUGAUGAUGAUAGUAAUAAUAGUGAUAGCAGCUAUGAUAAUACUAUGAGUGAUCAUAGUGAUAUGAAGAAGAAGAAAAAAAAAAAAAAAAAAAAAAAAAAAAAAAGCGAAUUUAUCGAUACCAUUGCAGAAGAAGGUGAUGAAGAUGAAAAAGAAGAAGAUGACGAUUAUGAUGAUGAAAAUAAUAUAAAUAUAGAUAAAAUGACCAACGAAAAUAAAAAAUCGAAGAAAAUAGAUUUUGAUAAAUUAGGCUUAGGUGAUGAUGAUGAAGACGAGGAUAAUUAUAUGAACGAUUUUGGAAAUCAUUCUAAUAUAUCUGAAAAAAAAAAAAAAUCUCAUUUUGACGAAAUAUUAGAAAAUUUUAAAUCGAAAAGAAAAAGAGUUCAUAAAAUUUCAGAAGAUGAUGGAUUAGAAUAUUGUGAAAAUAUUUUGAAUCAGAUGAUAUUAAUGCAUGAACAAGAUUUAAAAAGUAUGAAAGAAAAAAAACCAGCAACAGCUAAAUUACAAAUUAUAGAUAAUGUUUGUAAAAUAUUGACAAAACCGAAAUGGAAACCAUUCUUUAUGAAACUAAAUAUAUAUCAUGUAUUAGCCUUAUGGUUGAUGCCGACAUCCAAAAAUACAUUACCCAAUUUUACUAUAAGAACGAAUUUAUUAAAAGUAAUUCAACAAUUACCAAUUACUAUUAAAUCAUUAAGAGGAAGCCAGCUAGGAAAAAUAUUGACUUACCUACAUUCACAUAAACAUGAAACAGAAGAAAAUAAAAAACUCAUAAAAAAUAUUAUGCAAAAUUGGAUGGGCCCAAUUAUAGGAAUUAAUACGAACUAUAAACAAUAUUUAAAAGAAAGACAAAAAAGGAUAUCUGAAAAUCCUGAAUAUCACAAAAAAGUUCUUGAAAAGGCAAAAACAUUAAUACCUGAUUCAAUAUGUAUAGAAAAGGAAGAAGAACAAAAUGAAAUGAAAAGACAUGCAAGUAUUCCUUAUAAUAGUGAAUGCUCAUUUCUAAUUAAUGUCCCCUCUUCUAUACCUAGUAUUAGUAAAAAAAUCAUUCCCAAAAGUAAAAUUAAGAGGUUAACAGAUAAUAUGAAAUUGUUAAAAAGAUGUAAAAAAAUGCAAAAGGUUUCAAUUGAAGGAAAGGGUGUAGCUGUUGCACCAUAA